AUGUCGGACAGAGUAGCUCCAAAUCUUAUACCUCCACGCACAAGUUCAACAGGUGUCACCAAGCCACCCGGUAAGGACAUACGAGGACAGAUGAUCGCAGCAUAUAAUCGAUGGCUGCAGGUGCCGGAGGAAAGCCUCGCCAUCGUUACCAAAGUUGUGGUGAUGUUGCAUACUGCUUCGUUGCUGGUUGAUGAUGUUGAAGACUCAUCGCAUCUUCGCAGAGGAGCCCCAGUGGCACACAACAUCUUCGGCGUCCCGCAGACCAUCAACUCUGCAAACUAUGUAUAUUUUCUGGCUUUGGAAGAGAUCCAGAAACUAAACAACCCCGAGGCCAUCAAUAUCUUCAUCAAGGAACUUAUGAAUCUGCACCGAGGCCAAGGCAUGGACUUGUACUGGAGAGAUACCCUGACCUGUCCCACUGAAGAAGACUAUCUGGAAAUGGUCGGCAAUAAGACCGGCGGCCUCUUCAGACUGGCAAUCAAACUUAUGCAGACAGAAAGCAAUGUUCCCAUAGACUGUGUACCCCUAGUUGACCUGAUGGGACUGAUGUUCCAGGUCUGUGAUGACUAUCUCAACCUCUCCAACCCAACUUAUAGCAAGAACAAGGGGUUAUGUGAAGACUUGACAGAAGGAAAAUUCUCCUUCCCUGUCAUUCAUAGUAUUCGAGCACAGCCGGAAAACCGCCAACUUAUCAACAUCCUAAAGCAGAAGACUAACGACAAUGAAGUCAAACAGUAUGCUGUGAGGUACAUGAAGAGCACUGGCAGUUUCGAGUACACAAGAAAGGUCGCAAUCGAACUACGUGACAAGGCCUUUACUUUGAUCGAUGAAUUAGAACGCACUUUUGCCGUAAUACCUGGACAGAGGGGAAUAAAUGGAGAGACGGGCAGUGGUAACUUGGUGCGAGCGAUCCUUAAUCGAAUCAUUGACCCUGUGUUGACAGACUAUGGGGAUAGUUGA